UCCGGGCCGCGCCGCCUCCCCUCGCCUCGCGUCGCCUCUCCUCCUCGCCUCUCCCCGCCUCGGGUCGAUCCGGCGGCCAUGGAGGAGGCCGCGAUCGGGGAGGCCGAGCUCAACUGGUCCCGCCUCAGCGUGUCGGCCGAGGCGCUGGAGUCGGAGCUGGAGGCGCGCGCCGAGGAGCGGCGCGGCGCGCGGGAGGCGCUGCAGCGCCUGCUGCUGCCCUACAACCGCCUGACGUCGCUGCCGCGGGCGCUGGCGAGCGGCUUCCCGCACCUCCAGCUCCUGGACGUGAGCGGCAACUCGCUCACGGCCCUGGGGCCCGAGCUGCUGGGGCUGAGCGGCCUGCGCACCCUGCUGGCCAGGAACAACCGCCUCGGCGGCCCCGGCUCGCUGCCCAAGGGCCUGGCCCGCUCGCCGCUCUGCCGCAGCCUCCAGGUGCUCAACCUCAGCGGCAACUGCUUCCAGGAGGUCCCCCCCUCGCUGCUGGAGCUGCGCGCCCUGCAGACCCUCAGCCUGGGCGGCAACCAGCUGCAGAGCAUCCCCGCCGAGAUCGAGAACCUGCGGAGUUUAGAAUGUUUAUACCUUGGAGGAAACUUCAUUAAAGAAAUCCCACCAGAAUUAGCAAAUCUCCCUUCUCUGAAUUACUUGGUGUUGUGUGACAACAAAAUCCAAAGUGUACCUCCUCAGCUUUCACAGUUGCAUUCACUUCGUUCCCUCAGUCUCCACAAUAACUUGCUGACAUACCUGCCCCGAGAGAUCCUCAACCUUAUUCAUCUGGAAGAGUUGAGUUUGCGGGGAAAUCCACUGGUUGUGCGUUUUGUUAGAGAUUUAACCUAUGACCCUCCAACUCUUCUGGAAUUGGCUGCAAGGACCAUUAAGAUCCGAAGUAUUUCUUACACUCCCUAUGAUCUUCCUGGGAAUCUUCUUAGGUACUUGGGUUCAGCCAGCAACUGCCCAAAUCCAAAGUGUGGUGGAGUCUAUUUUGACUGCUGUGUCAGACAAAUUAAGUUUGUGGACUUCUGUGGGAAGUAUCGCCUCCCCCUCAUGCACUAUUUGUGUUCUCCAGAAUGCUCUUCCCCCUGCAGCUCUGCCUCACACAGCUCCACAUCACAGAGUGAGUCUGACUCAGAAGAUGAAGCCAGUGUUGCUGCACACAGAAUGCAGAAAGUUCUUCUUGGCUGAACAGCAGUAGUGUUGAAAAAUACUAAAACUGAGCAAAGAUGAGUGAAAAGGAAAAUGGAGCUUGAGGUUGAUUGGAAGCCUUGGUGUUUUCAUCUUGAAUGUCUAUGUGAGAGUUGUGACGGUUUGAAAGGUUUUGCACUCAAUCCACGCAUUCAACAGGAAUGAGUCCAGUUCCAUGUUUAGGUUCUUUGAAUAUAAAUUAUUCUGAAUGUCGUUUCAAAAUUCAGCUGAUUGGUCACAAUUUUCACCUAAGUCUUUGAAGAAAUACUACCAGAAUACUCCUUCUGAAGAAUAGUCAUAUAAUCAGCCAGACAUGGUGUCACCGGGGACAGCUGAGUUGAGUGAAGUAAGAGGUCAUCACAGUUGCGUUACCAGGGUUGUCCUGGCUUAUGUGCAACACUAUACCAUAACUAAAAUGAGCCUUUCCUGUGUUAGCCCUGCACUUUCUGACCACCUGACUGGACAGUAAGGACUCCAACUUUACAAUGGAAUGUUUAAACCAGUUCUUGUUCUGUGUGAUUGUUACAACUUUAUACAAUCUAGCAGUGAUGUGUUAUAGUGCCUUAAUGCUAGCAAGAAUAUAGACACGUAUUCUAGAAAUGAUUUCAGAGCAACCUACAACCUGACACUAUGCAAAGCACUUGGAAAUAUGCAUUAACCAACUAGGUAAACAACCUGAGCUCUGUGGGCCUGGAACUCAGAGAUACACCUGCCUUCUCACUCCCUCCUUAGUGCUGACAUUACAGGUGUGUGCUACUGCCUGCCUCUGUGGCCAUCUUAGCCUCAUUUUUGUUAACUGCAAAGAUCUCUUCUAAGCUUUUACAGUUAAUGGGAGGCUACCGUCUAUUCACCAAAAGACAGAAUAAUAGUUUUGACAGAAAAAUCUCGAUGAGAAAUAAUCUAAAAAUAGCAGCUUUACAACAAUGGGCUAAAUGUGGAAAAGUUGAAUAUAUUGUGCACAUCUCCAGGCCAGCACUAGGGAGGUAGAGGCAGAAGAUCAAGAGUUCAAAGUUAACCUAGGCUCCAUAGUAGAUUUGAGGCCAGCCUGGGCUACAUACAUGAAAACUUGUCUCAAAGUGGGAGCGGUGGAUUUUAACCUCCUUUGUACCAGUUUACUAAACCAAAACUCCUACAUGUUAAAAACUACCACUAAAUACACAUGACAAUGAAGAGAGUCAGCAGAGCCCACUACAUUCAUCCACAGGAGAGUAGUUCAUAGAACAGUGAACACCAAAAAUGUAUUGAGAAAACAUUAAAUAUGCUUAUCCUUAAAGUGCAGGAGAAAAAUGCUAACAAAUUAUUGUCAUUGGAAAUCAACAGAUUAACUAUUGAUUAUGUAAUACAUAUUAAAACUAUAUGCUAACAUUAGAAAAUGUAUAACUUACUAUUGAUGAUAAACCAACCUAUAAUAACAUGAAGGCUAGUUGGUAGGUAGUAAAAAAUAGUUUCAGAUUGCACUAGGGCAUCAGGUAAUCGCUUAAAGAGUGCUUUAUUAGAAGCCAACUGUAUUCUAAGAAUAUUUGCAUGUUUUUGUAUAAUUUUUAUUUUAGUAGAUUAUAUUAGUAGAUUAUAGGGUAAUUCAGGGUUUGUAUGUGUGUUUGUGUUACGUCAUGAAACACGAGAGUUUCGUGGCUGCAGUUGUGAAACGCUGCUAUAGUGAGUCCCCUUACCUUUUCCUCGGAAUAGUGUAGUAAGAUUAGUAUUUUUUCUUUUUUCUUUUUUUUUUUGAUUUAGAAAUGUUCUUGCUGUGUUUAUAGAAGUGAUGUUUCUACUGCUAAUGUACUUGUGUGAUAAAAGUUAUAGUCGUAUUUCACCAAGCAAGCAACUAUAAGCUGCACACUGCAGGGAAAGGAAAAGCAGAGGUGGCUUGCAGAUGCUUUGUAAUUAAAUCGCUUUAGUUAAACAACACUGAGUGUUUUCAUGGAAAAUGCUCAAAUUGAUGGGACCCUAUUCUUCUGGAUUAAAUACUUCUACUGUCUUGAUUGACAGUCAUCUUGACUAAGUAAUAGCUUAAGUAGCCUUUUAGGAAUUUCCUGUAAAUAGCCGUGUAAAUAGAGCAUUUUACCAUUUCUAGCCUCCUAGAAAGAGGGUAUAUUUCCUCUUUCAUGGAUGUAAAUAUUUCAGCCAGAGAUGUUUCUAACCUGUGCCAUAUAGAUGUAUCCUGUGAUGUUCUUUCAACAAAGUGUUUCUUGUGGUUCUUUAUAUGUGUAGGUGAAGUCUGUGAGCCAUGUGCCAGUGCAGUGUGGGGUAGGGAUGCUGAGGAUAGACCCAGGGCCUAGUGCGCGCUGAGCGAGCCAUAGUCAACGCCUGGCACCAGCCGCUUUUAAUGAACUCUGCAUUGUUAGCUGCUUUAUAUUUUGUUAAAACCCAUCUUUGGCCUUAAGUUUUACAAAAACUGCCAGUGAUUUCUAAAAUUUUUCUUGUUUCUUUGUCAUAUUUUUCCUUUCUUUAAACUAAUGAUUAGACAUCAACUUCGUGAGAUAGGAAUUAGCCAUCCAGAAAUAAGAUGGUCAUCUUCUGAAGUGAGCAGACUACAUUUUAAACCCUAAUUUGUCUCACCAGUUGUGAGUCGCAUGUUUAUCUAGCCAGUGAACUAGAGUUUCAGAGUUAGCAAGGUCUAAUUGUCAUAAUAGUUAUUUUAUUCUCUGAGACAGGGCCUGGCUGUGUAGCCCAGGCUAGCCGUGAACUUGCUAUAUAGCCUAGUCUGGCUUGCUUGUGAUGAUGCUCUUGCCUCAGCUUCCCAACUGCUGGGAUUACCAUGUAUCAUACUCAAUAUUUUACUUAAAAAUGUGCCAAAGGUGCCUCUUGGUCUAAAAAAUCUUGAUAUUUAAAUUUUGUUACCAAUAUUAAAAAUAGGCAUGAAUUGUAAAUUGUCCUUGAUAUAUAAGAAAUUCUGGGGUGAUGUAAAUAGAAAAGGCAACCCUUACUGCAGCAUGCUGCUGCAGUAUUCUAACAGACACUGUAAAUAGUGGGUUGAACUGAAGUAUCUAGAAAAGGCUGUUUGCUGGAAUAUUAACUGAAACAAGUCUUUAAAACUCACAAAAAACAGGGAAAGAAAAGUCAUAGGUACCCAGGGAAGUCCCUGAGCCAAUGAAGCCCUGUAGAAUAAUGAUGAAUUGUUUUACAAUUGACUUAUCAAGUGGCCUGCUACUACUGUCUAAAAACCUUGCCACUAAAUUUUUUUAUCAUUGUUAUUAUUAGUUACUCUAUUGGUUCCUGCUGCCAGAAGGCUGUUCAUAUCCCUCCUCAUAAAGGAGAGCCAGCAAGCUGUAGGCUUUCUUCUAGCCUAGCUCUUCCGCAGUCAGAAAGUCGCUCCUCAUUGACCUGAAGGCUAAAGCAGGUAGCCUGGGUUAGUGUUUACCUUUUCGUUGUUUUUUUAAACUGCAAAUCAAGUAUUUAGUAGUAGCUAUUUACAUAUAAAACACAUGUUUAUUCUCUUAAGUUUCCAUGUAAGUGCUUGUAGGUAACGACUUUACCAGUAAACAUAUAUGUAAGAUUAUUUAGCUGCUUUUAGUUUUUAAAGUGCCUAUUUUUUAUCUAAAUGAUUUGCCUCUCAUCUAAAAGUAGAGAUUUUAUUGUAAGUAUUGUUUUUCAUUUAGUCCAAAAUAUUGAGUUUUUAACUUAGACUAAGCAUGUAACACAGUGAAGGGUACUGUGUAGGCUUUUAGGCACCAUGACCUAAAACACAUAGUCCUUUUCCAGCGCUUAAAAAGAAGUGUUUGUUUAGCCUUCACUAGCUGUGUAUUAGGCAUAUAAUGUUAUGUAGCAUUAACUCAAUGAUAUGUGGUUUUAUAUUUUCAUCAUCGUGUGAUCUUUUUAAUAGCAUAGUAGAUAGCAAUGUCCUUUGUGGUCUGAAAGUGCCUGCAUCUUCCAUUUAACCCAAAGCAUGGGAAAGAAAGUAUCAUAUGAUAAAUUAUCAGUAAUAGCUGUGUGAUCUUCUGCACUUGACUCAAAGGGAAAGACUGGGCCUGAGAGGUUCCUUUUUCCAUAGCAGGGCUCACUGUGUGUGUGUGUGGGGGGGGGGGGGUAAUCUGGGGAGGGACUCCGAAGUAUACUGUGCCAGGAGAUCAGAGCCCUCCAGAAUCAAGGGUUGGUUGAGCCCACCACCAAUACCCUGCCUCCAGUUGAAAGGUGUAUCUUUUGUAGAGUGUUUUAUUAAGCACUUUGUGCUAUGACAGAGGAAAACAGAAGUUCCACCGUCCUAAGAAAACAUUGUCACUCUGAAGUCUAGCAUGUUUCGGCACCAGUUUUCCUCUAGGUUGAAAGUGGGUGUUUUAAUAUGUAAAGCUUCCAUUCCUCUUAUAUUUUUCAUGAUCUAUAUUUACUAAGGAUUGAAUUAAGAAGCAUUCCACUGACUCACAAAGUUGAGUACUUAGGUGAUCUUUACAGGUGCUGCUGGUCUUUUCCUUAGCAUCAGUCAGCCUCGAUGAUUGAUAUAAUGUUCGGGUUCGUAUGUAUGUAUUAAAUCUAGUAGCUUAAUGAAGGUUAUUUGCAUGCAGAAAACUAUCUGCAUUCAACAGAACAUACUUUCUUUAUUCUUUUGGCCAUGAAUAAAUUGAAUAAAAUUGUGUCUUUCAAAACUCUAGCUGAGGGGAAGCUAGGAUGAGUUGGCAUUGCUCUUUCUGGCAUUGGAGCCAUAACCAAGUUGGUGCUGUGUAUAGGGAAGGUUAAGAGUCACUGUUCACAGUUUACAUAGUCAGCACUGGUAUUCCUGAGAACAGUGUUAAACCGCUAGUCACUUUUCUAACAGGCAUGUCUGGACUUGUGUUAAGGUUUGUUGCAUUCUGAGCCCACUUUGUGUUUGUGAGAAACGAAAACAUAAUGGGAAAAGCUUUUUAAAUAACCAGUGUUAGCUUUUCAUAACAUUAGGGGCUUCACGUACCAUCAAAAGAUGCUGAAAAGAUGUUACCUUUACUUUGGUCAAAUGUAUGCUCUGACUUCUUAAUUUUCUGUCCUUAAAGUCUUGUGUAUUAGAAAUAGCUGUUUAAGUAUAUACAUAAUUAAAAUGUAACUCAAAUAUAAUUACCCAGUAGAGUUUGUUUCUGUCAAAGAGAUAGUCCUAUUGUAUCAAAUGUAUGUUACUUUAUAAUGGCUAAUGUUUUUAAAAGAAUGUUUAAGCUAUUUAAAUUCUUGUGCCUCCUCCCCCAAAGGACAUUUAAAAAUAUCGUAUAUUAACUUUAUAUACCUUCUUCAUAAAUUUUGCCUUAAACAUUGUGCCUUGUUUUAUUAGAAUCCAAUUCUGGUUUUCGUAACAGCAUUUUAUUCUAAACAUACAUUUACUUUAAAAAAUCUUUAUAAUGCCUGUGUUUGGUAUAUCACUGCUUAUCUGUUUAUUGAAUUUAUUGAAUACACAACUCCAAAAAUUAA